GGGCUUGUCCGGGGCGGUGGAGGCAAACUCCAGGCUGGAGUUCCCUCACUGAGGGGCUGCCCCAGCCAUGGGCCUGAGAGGGGAGGUCGUGGAGGCUGGGGGGAGCACAGGGACCUCCUGACACCCCCGGGCUGAGAGUGGGCCACACAUGAUGGCAGAGGCCAUGUGGAGGGUCCUGGCACCUCCUGUCCUGCACCGGGCUUUGGUGGGGGGCUCCCUCCUGGCGCUCCCUGCUGAGUGUGGGGUGUGGUGGGGGGCCUGGGUUAGUGGUGGUAGGAGCUAAGCAGUGACCCCCCCCAAACUGGUUUGGCCCGUUUCAAACGCUCCCUCUCAGCUUAUCUGGCUUCAAAGGGCUCCUGCUCCAUCCCACGCACACAAACAUGCUCCCUGAGAAACAGGGGGAUCCCCCUGCAUCCUAAAAAAUGUCUGUGCCCCCCAAACUCUGCCUCUCCUCCAUCUUGUCCUUCUGAUACCCCCAAACCCUCCCUGUUACACACCCAUGGGUGCCCCGAGCUGGGUGUUCAGGGGGCUGUGGCAGGAAGGACAUAUUGGAUCAUGGCCAUGGUGGCGGUGGGGAUCCCUGGGGACUCUUUGCAGCAUCAUGAAGGCGGCCGAGACAGUGGCUCCGCUGUGGGGCCUGGCCCCCCCCCCGGACCCCUGGCCGUGCUGAAGAUUUUGAGGAGCCCUGGUGAGCCCCGAGAUCCCAGCCUCGGCGGGGAGGUGAGCGUGUUCCAUGCAAAACCCCGGCGAGGAGACUGGUUGGGCGAGGUGCGGGGCGGGCCCGCGCGCCCCACGCCCGCCGCAGACGCCGGCGCCCACCCGCACCCCGCAGCACCCAGGGGUGCACCUGCCCGCCCGAGGAUGCUGCAGGACAACGGCCCUCCGGGGCCACCCAGCCAGCCCGAGGCCGGCGUCUGCUCCCUGGCCUUGCCCUCGGACCGGCAGCUGGACGAGCGGGGCCGGGAGGCGGCCGAGGCCCAGCGGCUGCGCAGCGCCCGUGUCCAGGAGCAGGUCCGCAUCCGCAUGAUGCUGCGGGGGCAAGCGCCCGCCCGCCCCGAGGAGCUCGCCGACGGCACCAGAGGCGGUCAGUACAGCUCGACCCUGCGCUCCUCCUUCAGCUCCCGCUCCCAGAGCAAUGGGGUGGACCCCAAGGCCUCGCUGUACCAGCCGCUGGCCAAGAAGGAUUUCGGCACGCUGCGGGGCAGCGGCUGGUCCUCGCGCUCGGCCGUGGACCUCACCCCGCACAAGCGCAUGGCCACCAUCAGCAACGGGGGCCUGGCCAAGGGCCGCGCCUACGUCGCCGGCUACGCGGCCUCGCAGGCGGCCACCGCCUCGCCGCGGCCCAGCUCCUUCCACGAGCGCAACUUCCGCUGCCGGCAGAACCUGGACACGCUGUCGCUGCGCUCCCUGCGCCUGGCCGACGGGCCCCUCCCGCUCGCCGACGACCGCUACAGCGUCCUGUCGGAGCAGCUGGACACGCCGGGGCAGCGGCAGCUCUACAAGAGCCAGGCUGGCGGCGGCUUCGGCCGCUCCUUCACCUUCGAGCGGCAGCUGAGCGCCGGCACGGCCGCCAAGGCCGCCUGCGACUGGCUGGACGGCGCCGAGGGGCCGCCGAGCCGCACCAUCCGUGCGCCCGCCAUGCGCACGCUCCAGCGCUUCCAGAGCAACAACCGCUCGCGGCUGAGCGCCGGCUCCUUCGGCACCGUGCCGGCGGGAGGCGGCGGCGCCUUCCUGGGGCUGGGGGAGCACAGCUCCCGCGCCCCAUCCGUGCGCAGCUUGGCCGAGUCCGGCCACCACCUCGCGGAGCCGCGCGCCAUGGAGAUGUACAACGGGCACAGCACGCUGCUCGGACACCACGCCGGCGGGUUUGACGACAUUGACCUGCCCUCGGCAGUGAAGUACCUGAUCGCCAGUGACCCCAACCUGCAGGUGCUGGGCGCUGCAUACCUGCAGCACAAGUGCUACAGCGACAGCAGCGCCAAGAAGCAGGCCCGCAGCCUGCAGGCCAUGCCCAAGCUGGUGAAGCUGUUCAACAGCCCGAACCAGGAGGUGCAGCGCCACGCCACCGGCGCCAUGCGCAACCUCAUCUACGACAACGCCGAGAACAAGCUGGCGCUGGUGGAGGAGAACGGCAUCUACGAGCUCAUGCGCACCCUGCGGGAGCCCGACGAUGAGCUCCGCAAGAACGUCACAGGGAUCCUGUGGAAUCUGUCCUCCAGUGACAACCUGAAGGAUCGCCUGGCCCGGGACACACUGGAGCAGCUCACAGACCUGGUCCUGGUCCCUCUCUCUGGGCUGGGGGCCUCGGGUGUCAUCCAGCAGAACCCCUCAGAGGCAGAAAUCUUUUAUAACUCCACGGGCUUCCUCAGGAACCUGAGCUCUGCCAGCCAGCAGACCCGGCAGAAGAUGCGUGAGUGCCAUGGGCUGGUGGACUCCAUGAUCCAUUAUGUGAACAGCUCCCUGGAGGUGGGGAAGUCGGAGGAUAAGAGCGUGGAGAACGCUGUCUGUGUCCUGCGCAACCUCUCCUACCGCUUGUACGACGAGAUGCCCCCGUCCUCGCUCCAGCGCCUCGAGGGCCACCGGAGGAACACCGGUGGCACGGUGACAGGGGAGCUGGUGGGCUGCUUCAGCCCCCAGAGCAAGAAAGCCCGGGAGCACUACAUGAACGCGGACAUCGUCACCUUCACGGAGGUCUCCAAGGAUCCCAAGGGCAUGGAGUGGCUCUGGAACCCUCAGAUCGUGGGCAUCUACAACCGGCUGCUGCAGCGCUGCGAGCUCAACAAGCACACGACGGAGGCGGCCUCGGGUGCCCUGCAGAACAUCACGGCCGGGGACCGCAGGUGGGCGGGUGUGCUGAGCCGGCUGGCGCUGGAGCAGGAGCGCAUCCUGAAUCCCGUGCUGGACCGUGUCCGCACUGCCGACCACCACCAGCUGCGCUCCCUCACCGGCCUCAUCCGCAACCUGUCCCGCCACGCCCGCAACAAGGACGAGAUGUCCACCAAGGUGGUCAGCCACCUGAUCGAGAAGCUGCCAGGGAGCGUCGGGGACAAGGCCCCGCCUGCCGACGUCAUCGUGAACAUCAUCGCGGUGCUCAACAACCUGGUGGUGGAGAGCCCCAUGGCCGCCCGCGACAUCGUCUACUUCGACGGCCUCAGGAAGCUCUUCUUCAUCAAGAAGCGACGGGACAGCUCGGACAACGAGAAGUCCUCCCGAGCCGCUGCCAGCCUCCUGGGAAACAUGUGGCAGUACACCAAGCUCCACCGGGACUUCAAGAUGAAGGGGUACCGGAAGGAGGACUUCCUCAGCCUGUGAGGACACCCUGGGAGCUGGAAUGCCUCGCUGGGAUGCUCCGUGCUGCCAGCCAUGCUCUGGGGAGGCUGCUCGCCGCCAGACCCCCACUCUGUAGCGUAAUCCCUACAUCCCAUGCGCCUCCUGCCUCUGCUGGCUCCCCUUUCCUGGCUGGGGGACACUUGUCCUCCCUCCUGGCCAGCCUUAAAGCCAGUGGCUGCUUUUAGCUAUGCUGUGGAGCCCCACUGGGACCCCAGUUAGGGGGGGCUGCCCGAUGGCACCCCUUGGUGCCCCUCCCCACACUCAGGCAGCUGUUUGCAAAACUUGGCUUGUCCUGGCUUGACAGGGGGGCAGGAGCUGUAAGAAGUUGGGAAGGUUCCUGUAGAGCAGUUCUGGGGCAAGGGGGCUUCUGGGGGUGUCCGUGCCCUGUGCCAGUGUGGGAUGUACUGUGGGUUACACUUUUGUUCUGCCCUGGCUGGGUGGGGAUAGAGCUUUGCAUGGCUUGGGGGCUUGGAGGGCUCUGAGGUGGCUUCCCACAGUUUAUGGGGUGGCACAGUGGCUGCAGGGAGCUGGGAAGUGAUGCUGUGACAGUGCUGCAUUCCCCCUUUGCUGUGGAGGGUGGGCAGGGGGUUGUGUCUGAUGGGGCUGCCUGUGUCCUCACUGCAGGAAGCCUGGGAGGGUCUCAGGCCCAUCUGUCACCCUUUGGGGACUGUCCCAGUGUGGCAGAGUUGCUCCUCACCAGCUGCUGCCAGGGCUGGGCCCUGCUGGUGCAGCAGGAUCCGGGCAGGGCCGUCCGGGUCGUGUUUGCUGAGCAGCGUCGCCCCGUGGGUGGGGAGAUGUCCCCGGUGUCCU